AUGGCUCGUUCGUUUAUUUCUAUUGCGGAUUUGACUGCCACUGAGCUCAAAACUCUUGUCGCAAACGGUAUCAAGAUCAAAAAAGCAAUUCGCUCGGGAAACUACAAAAACCCCGCCCCUCUCCAGGGCCAAACCGUGUCUUUGAUUUUUUCAAAACGAAGCACUCGUACUCGUAUUUCUACCGAGGGUGCUGUUGCAUAUCUUGGUGGACAGCCUAUGUUCCUUGGUAAGGAUGAUAUCCAGCUUGGCGUUAAUGAGUCUCUUUACGAUACAACUCGCGUGGUGUCGUCUAUGACGUCUGCUAUCGUUGCUCGCGUGGGCCCGCAUUCUGACAUCCAGGCUUUGGCUAAGGACUCUCGGGUUCCUGUGAUUAAUGCGCUAUGCGAAAAGUUCCACCCCAUGCAGGCUGUUGCUGAUAUGAUCGCCAUUCAGGAGGCGUUCGGAGCAUUUUCCGGUCUAAAGGUUGCAUGGGUUGGCGAUGCCAACAACGUCCUUCACGAUUUUGCUCUUGCUAGCGUCAAAUUGGGCAUGGAUAUUAGCAUUGCUACUCCCAGUGGCCGGCCAGUUAGUGAUGAGAUCAAGAAAUUGAUUGCCAACAAUGCUGAGAGCGGAGCAUCUGCCCACUACACUUCUGAUCCUCUUGAGGCAGUUAAAGACGCCAAUGUGAUUGUCACCGAUACUUGGAUUUCGAUGGGUCAGGAAGAAGAGACACAGCAGAAGCUCAAGGAGUUUGCUGGCUACCAGGUCACUAUGGAUAUGGCCGCCAAGGGCGGUGCCGCUGCCAAUUGGAAGUUCAUGCACUGUCUGCCCCGCCACAAAGAGGAGGUUGACGACGAGGUCUUCUAUUCCGACCGCUCAGUCGUCUUCGAGGAGGCCGAGAACCGGUUGUACUCUGCUAUUGCCGUCCUUGAUGCGUUUGUUGUCAAUAAGGGCGUCGUUGAGUAA